AUGGCUCCUCAAAGAAUCCUCUGUGUAGCUGAGAAGCCAUCUAUCGCCAAGGCUGUGGCGCAACAUCUGGGAGGCGGUAGAUUCAUCACCAGAAACGUUCGUGGCAAUACCUUUGUAAAGAAUUAUGAGUUCGACUUUAGCUUUGCACAAUGGGGCAACUGCUCCGUCACGAUGACCAGCGUCAGCGGGCAUCUAACCAGCCUGGACUUCGCAGAUCGGUAUAAGAAGUGGCAGACCACCCCGCCUGGUCAGCUCUUCGAAGCGGAGACAGUCAUUAAAAUCGAUCCGGAGCGGAAACCAAUUGCCGACAACAUUCAGCAGCAAGCACGUUAUGCUAAGGUGCUUUUUAUUUGGACUGAUUGCGACCGAGAAGGGGAGCACAUUGGCUCCGAAGUUCGAGAACAGGCAAGAAAGGGUAAUGCCAGAAUCACCGUCAAACGUGCCAGGUUCAGCAAUACAGAGCGAACCCAUGUUAUUCAAGCUGCUCAGAAUCCAGUAGAACUCGAUGAUCGGCAAGCAAGUGCUGUAGCCACACGCAUUGAAUUGGACUUGAGGAUUGGCGCAGCGUUCACUCGACUUCAGACCUUACAACUACAGCAGUUGGGAGAUUUGCUAGCGGAUAAGGUCAUAAGCUACGGUUCUUGCCAAUUUCCCACGUUGGGCUUUGUCGUUGAACGAUAUUUCCGGGUCAAAAACUUCAAGCCUGAGACCUUUUGGUCCAUCAAAGUAACAUAUCUCAAGGAAGGCGUCAAGGUCAACUUUUCAUGGAAUAGGGUUCAUCUGUUCGACCGCGCCGUGGUUACCAUCGUCUUUGAAAAGUGCCUCGACGCCAGACUGGCCAGAGUUACAAAGGUACAAAAGAAGCCGACUAGCAAAUGGCGGCCACUACCCCUGACUACCGUAGAGCUGCAAAUGCAAGGCUCCAGGUUCCUGCGCAUGGACUCCAAAAAGGUGAUGAAGAUUGCUGAACAGCUUUAUCAGAAAGGGUGGAUCAGCUAUCCAAGAACCGAAACAGAUCAAUUUUCAGGAGACUUCAAUCUUCGAUCCUUCAUCGAAAAACAAACGCAAGAUAACAAUUGGGGUGCUUAUGCCCAAGGACUACUUGACGGAGCCUUCAGACAACCACGGCAAGGGAGGCAUAACGAUCAAGCUCAUCCACCGAUUCAUCCUGUUAAUUAUGUCACCUCUAGCUCAUUGCCAGACGAUGAGCGACGUGUCUAUGAAUUUGUCGUCCGACGCUUUUUGGCCUGCUGCUCAGAGGACGCUAAAGGUGAAGCAACAGACAUUGAAAUAGAAUGGGGGGAGGAAGUCUUUCAUACCCAUGGCCUGCUAGUCCUGGCCAGAAACUACCUAGAUGUCUACGUGUAUGACAAAUGGGAAAGCAGUCAGCAACUACCGCAUUUUGAAGUUGGAGAAUCAUUCGAGCCCACAGAAGCAAACAUGACCGAUGGCAAGACAACAGCGCCCGGAUACCUGACCGAGCCAGAAUUGAUCGGGUUGAUGGACGCUAAUGGCAUAGGGACUGAUGCCACGAUGGCUGAUCAUGUGGCUAUGAUCAAGGAUCGGGAGUAUGUGGCAGCAAGACCAAAGGCUGGAGGGGGCCGCAAUGCCGUCCAGGAAUUCGUUCCGACGAGGUUGGGAGUUGCAUUAGUCGAAGGCUACGAUAACGUUGGACUUGAUGUCAGUGUCAGCAAACCAUUUCUCCGCAAGGAAAUAGAGCUGAAAAUGAAGGCGAUCUGUGAGGGACGGAAGACCAGAAGCGAAGUGGUUCAUGAAAGCAUUGAGGAGUACCGAGAGGUAUUUGGUAGGACACAAAGAAAUAUUGGGGUUCUAAAAAGAUCCGUCAGGAAGUAUGUGUUUGAUGAAGACGUAGGAUAG